AUGAAGCCAUGUGACUUUCAGGCGCUCCUUUCUUUCUUCUCAGCGCGAGUACUACACAAAGGACCAAGACUUUUACUGCAACUUAUCGUCGGCUCGACUCUCGUACUCGCCACUCUGCUCGUCAUCAGCAGGGGCGUUGGCGAAGACCUAUCCUCAAACGAUCUCUUCCGUUGGUCUGACAACCAAAGUGAAGACAACAAGGACGAAAAGGCACACUACGAGUUUCAGUCGCAACAACACCCUGGCGGACUCCGCGUCGUUGUCUUUGGAGAGGACGAUGUAGCGACUCCUGCUUGGACGCGGGGAGAGAAGGAGAUGCGGUCUCCUGGCUGGACCGAGCUUAUGUGCCGCGAGUUAAACUGCUCCCACUACCUCUCCUUUAUACCUCCCAACCUUCACCCGCCGGCACACCCCCUCAUUUCGAAGGAUAUCUACGUCGAAGCCGUCAGGCAGACGAUCAAGAACACGACAAAGCUGAAGAAGUCCCAAGGUCCAGGCUACGAUUACACCUUUCAGCCUCGACUGUUCCCCGUGUCCAAAGCGUUACCAGACCUAAGUGCCCAAGUGACGGCCUUCCUAGAAUUGCAAAACACAACCACCCUCCCCAAAGCAAAUGAGACUCUCUGGGUCUUUAACUUGGGACAAUGGGACGUCUGGUCACUAGCCACGCUCCCCAUUGCCACAGGCAAGGCGGUCAUUGAUCAGUUGACCGACCAUGUGAUUGAACAGAUGGAGCGUCUCUAUGAGAGCACCAUAACGAAAGAUACCAUCGCGGUGUCUACCAACCCCAACCAUCUCUCACGCAAGACCAAUGCCGGUCCGAUCAAGAUCAUAGAUCCAGAGGUCUACAAAGCUAAAUCCGGCGAGGCUACCAAGCCCGUUUCUGGCUCCGCACAAAAGGCACAGACACAAAACUCGUCGUCGAAACCCGAAACCUUUCGCGUCUUUUUCCCCAGCCUAUUCGACAUCUCCAUGGCUCCUGGAUGGAACUCCAACCGCCCGGAAACACCGCAUCCGCAUUCGAAAGCCGAGCAGAUGCGCAACGCGGCCAAGUUGACGGACACCUGGAACCAAGUCAUGGGGGACAAGCUGUACGCGUGGGUGGACAAAUCGGAUGUCAUUGGGCCGGACGAGUUUUAUCUGAACACCGAAGAAGACGAAGUAGUAGAUACGUCACUUGAUGGUCAGAACAGCGAAGAUGAAGACGGGAACGGGACAAAACGUAGCUCUACAAGCGGCAAGAAGACAACAAAAUCUGCCGAAAACAUCGCCGUUAACCCGAACACGAACGCGAACGCAAAGCCCAAAAACCAGCCGCCGCCAGUACGCGACUUCAUCACCUACGACAUGGUCGACUACAUUACUUCGGCCCUGUUAGAAGGCCAACUGCGCAGCUCUGGCCUCAGCGACGGCAACGGCUUGGGCCAAAAGCCGAUGACUCAGUGGUAUAAAAAAGUAUGGGAGCCAUGUGUGAAGCCGGUCAAGUCGGAGACGGAGCUGGUGCUGGACUUGGAAGACGAGGGGUUGGUUAUGCAGCAAACUACAGAUUCUCAGACGGAAACGGAAUCUGCUACGGAGUUGAUGAAGGCUUUUGCUGAAGCUGCUGCUGAAGCUGCUGCUUCUAAGCAAGCUAAAGCGGAGGGGGUAGGAUCGAAGAGAAGGAGGAGGAGGAGGAUGAGGAGGCAGGAAGUAACCACCACAGCGGAACCGGUGGCAGCAGCAGAGGAAGUAGGAAAAGAAGCAGAAGAAGAGAGGACAGAGACGGUUUGCAACGUCCCGGAUGAUUACCUCUUCUACACCCCGUUUACUCUGGGGUCGAGACCCAUCAGGGAGAUUGCGAAAGAGGCGGCGGAGAAAGUAAGGAGGGGGGAGUCGUAUAGGACAGAGGAGGAGGGGAAAGAUGAUGAAGGGCUUUGGGCGAGUGUUUAGGAGUAUCACUGACAUGAUCAAAGGGGCCUUUGGAAUUAUGCGUCAACGUCAUUGAGUUAAGCGAGGGUUGUACUAUAGUUGAGUAUGGUUGGUGGUGGGAAUGCUACCUAUGUUAGAGGGGUGUGUGUAGUAUAGUAUAAUCAUGAUUUUUCUGGUGGUGUUUU